CGCCAAAACGCUUCACGGUUGAGAACAGAAUUUUCAUAUCUUCGAGUCAAGAGGUCGAUCUAACCAUGCCGAAAUCAUUUUUAGUCAAAACUGCUAAAAGAAGUCAUACCGUUGCCCAAAGCGCGCUUCAUGGAACUUUAAAUCAUGACGGGGAGUUGAAGGCAAGAUUAGAAAGCGGCGAAGCAGAUGAGGAACAAAGCAACAUGGAAGUCACUCAAGAUAGCGUGCCGGACCACUUACGUCGUAGUCAGCCACAACACGCUACCGGAGCUUACCAAAAAUCUGCAUUCACUGAAUUUUCAUCCAUAAAAUGCACUAAUUCCGUUUCGAAUAACGGUACAAGUUACUUAUCAAAUCGUAACAACCUUCGCUUUCCAAACUUUUUCCCGCCCUUUCUGAAGGAAAUAUACAAUACCUUCCCCGAGACUGCGAGUCAUUGGCCGAGUUCCAGGACCCCGCUUCUCUUGGACUACGUGAAAAAACCGAAAUAUCGCAGCAUAUCUGAGAUCCGAGAAGUGCACAAAUUUUCUGAGAAAACUAAGAUGAGUGACCUUUCUUACAAGUGUGUGAAAUGUUACAAAGGCUUCAACACGCCACAUGGCUUGGAAGUUCACGUCAGGCGUUCACACUCGGGCAGGCGUCCCUUUGAGUGUGAGGCAUGCGGGAAAACCUUUGGGCAUAGUGUGAGCCUGGAACAACACGUCAGCGUACACACAAAUGAAAAGUUGUUCUCGUGCAAGCAAUGCAAUAAAACGUUUAAGCGGUCGUCCACACUUUCCACUCACAUGUUGAUACACUCGGACACGCGCCCGUUUCCCUGUGAAUAUUGUGGUAAGCGGUUUCAUCAAAAGAGUGACAUGAAAAAACACACUUACAUUCACACAGGUGAAAAACCGCAUGUUUGUCGAGAAUGCGGCAAGGCGUUCAGUCAGUCAUCAAACCUCAUCACUCACAGUAGAAAACACAGCGGACAUAAACCCUUCGUUUGCACGAUAUGUUCUAGAGCUUUUUAUAGAAAAGUUGACUUGAGAAGACACUCCGCCACACACGACAACAUCAAGAGAUCUAAAUUAAUCCACUGAAAGAUGCCUAGACUUUACAGAACACAUCAUGUCAGCAAUGCUGGAACCAUGGCUAAUAAUAAUGAACGGCACAAAGUAGUAUUUAUGUUACAUGCACGGGCAAGCGGUAGCGUAGCCAGAGCCUAAUGAUUUAGUCCCGUUAUACUAAUAUUCCGGCGUUCAUUGACCGUAGUAAAAACAAUCAAAAUAAAUGAAAUUUUCAUAGGGACCAAAUCAUCACGCAGGCUGGGCCACGGCGCAAGGGGGUCACAUUCAAUAGAGUAGAUUGCAGGAUAAUCAUUUAAAACUGACCUAAUGUAUCCUACCCACACACCAACGGCUUGUUGUCGUCCUGAGAUAACAUGCCUUUUCAAACCGGACCAUAAACUGAUAAAAUGCCUUUUAGGGAAUUUUAAUGAUUGAGUGAAAUUAAUUUCAAUUAACAAUGCACAUACUCAUAAGACGACGGGCAAGUUUUCCUUGACAAGUUUUAUUUGCUCGUGUGUGCGCGAAAAAAUUGACAAGUUUUCCUUGACAAGAAGCCUUGUUUAAACGCUAGUCAUGAUAGCUUUUCAACAAGGAAACUGCGCAACAAUAUCUUCGAGCCAGGAUUUAGUAGGAUUUGGUCUGUUGGGGAAAUCUACAUAUACGUUUAACUUUCACUAUAGUUUGUAGGUGUAAUAAUUAUUAAGUGUAAAUAUAGGGGUAUAGGAAACAACGUUAAAUAACAUCAACCGUUAGUGUAAAAAAGACAAUAGUUGUUUUUAAACUAUACUGGGAAUAAAAUAAAAAUAUUAUAUUGUGCAAA